AUGGAGCAAGAUCCCCGGCUCGCUGGCAUCGAGCCUGGUUUUGCGAAGCUGAUGGCCCAUUCCUGCUCCAUGCUAUCCUUCAUUCGCUCUAGUAAGAGCUCUUCUGUAUCGAAGCACUUUGUGUUGGGAGAAUUGACGGUUUCACCAGACCCUGCAAUCCCUACUCACCUGUCCCUUCCCUCUGGGGCCAGACUUCCCGCUCUUCUUUACCACAGCGGUUCCAAGAGCGAAGACGAAGCAGCGUCGGACACCCGUCGAGCGGUUCUGCGUCUCUUCAAGCCAGCUAAAGGAUCCUGUCCCUGGAUUCACAAGGGUAACUCGGAUGACCAGAAGGAUGUUGGAAGUCCACAAGCGGGAGAAGCUGCUGAGGGGCCUUCAAACCCUCCUAACGAAGGAAGGCCGGCGCGAAAGGUUUUCGCCACGUGCCAGGAACUCCAAGAAGCUCUCCACGACAUGGCACCAAUCUGGGACCUGGUACUUUCGACUGGGUCAGCUGGGUUUCCCUUCGGUGGCUCUGCGGAGGCCUUUGUGCACAUUGUGACGUCGUCUCCACCCAAAGCGGAAGCUCUUCUCGUGGCCGAACCGCACCUUCGUCGAGCAGUCUGGGGCUCGAUCAACUCCGCCCCCCGCUCCUACACAGACCUCUGCUACUCCACGGGCGUGGCCUUCGACUUUCAACCCGCCUCCUCCGCGCUCUCUUCCUCCUCAGCACUUCACAAAGACGCCUUGAAGGCGUCUCGAGGAGGAGGAGCGCAGAGCAACGGCGGCUCGCCGUUGGAAGCAGCAUCGAGCGCGCGUGAUGUCUUGCCCGCUGGUGCCUUCUACGCACGGUAUCGCCUGGUGACGGAGGCCGUGCUGGAGAAGGGGGCUUUGGACGAGUAUGCGGCAGAGCCAAGGAGCUGUGUGGGCUUUCCCGAGACGUUUCCCAGGGCGGCUGGUGACACUCGCCCGCCAGACUACCUUGGCGAGGAACUGCAGGAGAGAGUGCUGGGCGGGGGCCACACGUACCUCCUGCAGAUCCAACUGGCUCCUACUCCUCCCUCGUCUGCCGAGAGAGACCGCCUCCUGGACGCGACGCGCGUCUGGGACGAGACCUCUAGCCCCUGGCUUUCGUUUGCGCUUCUGCGCCUCUAUGCCGCCCUCACGGACCCCGACCCCAGAGCGCGCGCGCGCUUCGGCUCGGAGAUGGGGUUCAACCCCUGGCUGGCGCCGCCGGGCUUGGGCAUGCCCCUGGCAACGAGCGGGAAGCAGUCCGCGUCCCUGGCGCACAUGCGCUCGGUCGUGUACGAGCACUUCCACUGCGUGCAGACCGGGAAGCCGCUGCCCGCCGCCCUCCAGGAGCUGAUGGCCAAGCACGGCCCCGCUCAGCAGCGCCUACAGUCGCGAGCGUCGCCCGCUACCAUAAGGGCUGCUCCACCUUCGGCAGACGGUCGCGGGAACCCUGCUACCAAAGGUAGUCUGCAGAAACCCCUCGCCGCCAAUCCAAGUGAGCGAAGAAAUGGGAAAGAUACAGCGCUGCGUCGCCGGUGGGCUGCAAACACCUCAAUCGCCGUCAUUGGGGCCGGGAUCGGCGGCCUGACGGCAGCGCUGCGGCUCAAAGCACUGGGCUACACCAACGUGGCGGUCUUCGAGAAAGACGCGAUAGUGGGGGGCAAGUGCCAGGGCAUGGAAGUGGGAGGACUCUGGUUCGACCUGGGUGGCCAGUUCCUGGCCCGGGGCGUUAGCCCGACUGUCUUCCGGCUGGCUGCGGAGAUUGGAGCCGAGUGGCAGCCGCUCGGGGACGGAAUCCGCGGUGCCGUUGCUCUCGAGGGUGGCGGUACGGUACGGCCUUUCAAGGACUUACUGCGGCAAGCCACGAAAGCACGAAAAGUGGUCCAAGGUUUGAAAGAGGCUACAGAAGGAGCGGCCGACUCCUCUUCCUGGCUCGCCCCACUCAAGGGCGCUCCGGCCGCCUCCCAGAGCAUCACGCAGCUGCUGGCCUCCAAGGGCGUCUCCCCCGGGGAGCUCGAGCAGGCGCUUCUCGGGUUCACGGCCUCCGGAUACGGUUACCCGGUGGAGGCCCCCGCGCCGUACUUCUACCGCUUCGUCCAGUUCUCCAUUGGGCCGCUGCAACGCCUCAAGGCGGGCUACCAGGACCUGCUCGAGCGCAUGGCCGCCAGCGUGGGGAGCGUUACCUGCCACAAGGGAGUUCGAGAGGUGGUGCGGAGCGAGGGCGAGGGCGUCAAGGUCGUGUUCGAGGGAGGCGAGCAGAGGACGUUUGACAAGGCGAUCGUGACUGGGAGCGCGUGGAUGGGUGCCGCACCGCCGGAAGGCUGCAUUUCCUGGGAUCCGGCCGAGGCAGCCUUGCUGGCGGUGCCCCAGUUCCGGCUGUUCUACACCACCCUCGCCACCGUGACUGGCUGGGAGCACCGCUUUUUCCAGGGCUCCUACUUCAUCGAGCAUCACUGCACCGACCCGGCCACCAUCGGCCACUGCGUCGCUUUCCAGCGCUACCACGCGCAGAGCGACGUCUUUCUUUUCUGGUCCUACGGAGCUGCUGACGCACCUGCGGAUGACGUCAUUAGACUGCUACGUGCUGACGUGGCGGCAAUGCAGGGCUCCAUCGGCGAGGUGCACGUGCAGCGAGUGUGGAGGUACUGCUACCAGCUGCCGGCCGAAGAGAUUGCUGCCGGCGACUGGGUCCGCCGCUUCGACAACGACAUCCAGGGCAAGGGUUCCGUCUUCUACAUUGGGGGCGCCAUCUCGUUUGAGUCCACGGAGUGCACCGCCGCGGCAGCAGAGGAGCUCGUGGCCAGCCACUUUGCGCUCCCCGUGGAUGUCUCUUCGUCAGCAACCGGAACCCUGCCCAACGUCAAGAGGAGCCCAAGUCUGGCGAAGCGGGAACGCUCUCCCGGGCUGAGCGCUAUGGACCUUCAGAAGCCGGUGCCGCUGUUUCCGCCGGUCGAGGAAGCGGAGCUGGAGCUCCGCGCGCAAGUGAAGGCGCGGCGGCCGCCGCUGCUGCCGAGCGUGGACCACCACCUGCGCCACCAGGCGGGGGUGCGCGCCGACAAGGUCGCCUACCUCCACGUAGACCCGAAGUGCCACGUGGCAGCCGCCUUGACCUUUGGCCAGCUGGAUCGCGCUGCGGACCAGGUUGCGGGGCGUCUCGCUACUAAGGGCGCCACCAGAGGCGACCGGGUCCUGCUGAUGUUCCCCCCCGACCAGCCCUUGAAAUUCCUCCAGGCCUUCUUCGGGUGCAUCCGCGGGGGGUUCAUUCCGGUGCCGUUGGCGCCGGUAGAUCUCGGGGGGAGCCGGAAGCGGGUCGAGGAAGGGCAGACCAAGCUGGAGCUGAUUGCCCGGGACUGUGGUGCGGGGCUGCUGCUAACGACGGCCAAGGUGCUCCUCGCAAAGCGGGCGCAAGCGGUAGGGCGGCUGUGGAAGAAGCGGGAGGAGUCGGGGGUGCAACUAGAGUGGGUGGCAACGGACAAGUGGGCGCCUGUCCCGGCUUGGAAAGGAGACGGCCGGUCGCUCGAUGCGACAAUUCAAGCGCGGGAGCUUUCAAGUGGCACAAUCCCCGUUCCGCGGGGACAGUCCUCAGCCACUUCGAGCUUCUCCCCGUUCCCAGAACCCGAGGGGAAGCCCCAAGCAAACGGGUCCAGUGUGGUGGAAGGGUUGGGAAGCAAGGAGGCCCCCGGUUAUGGCAAGCCGUCCGGCGACGCCGCGCGGGGCGUGUGCUUCCUGAUGUACACCUCGGGCAGCACGGGCGACCCGAAGGGGGUCAUGGUGGGGCACGCCAACCUGAUGCACAACCUGGGCGUCAUGACCACGGUCUGGUCCGACGCCACGCGCUGCGUCUCGUGGCUGCCCCUCUGGCACGACAUGGGCCUCAUCGCGUCCGCCCUCUGCCCCGCCGUCUCAGGCGCGGCGGUGUUCCUCAUCUCCCCGCUGGCCUUCAUCCAGAACCCCCCUCUCUGGAUGCAAGCCUGCUCCAAGUUUCGGGGGACCGCCACGCACGCCCCGGCGUUCGCGCUCGACCUCGCGGCCCGCAAACACAACAGCAGCGGCCCGAGGCUGGACCUCUCCGCGCUUCGGCUGGUAGAUUGCGGAGCGGAACCCAUCUGGCCCCAGACUCUGCAGAGGUUCGCGGCGACGUUCGCGCCCGCGGGCCUGAAAGCAUCAGCGAUCAUGUGCGCUUACGGGAUGGCAGAGCACGUGGUGUACAUUUCGUCCCAGUGGGGGGCCACGUGCCGCAUCGAGAGCGGGCGGGUGAGCUGCGGGCGCGUGCAGCCGCCGGAACACGACAUUGAAGUCAGAAUUGUGGAACCUGCCACGUGCCUCGAGGCGGCGGAAGGCGCUGAAGGCGAGAUUUGGCUGCGAAGUCCGAGUGUCUGCCUGGGGUACUGGAACCGGCCGGAAGAGACGCAGAGGGUGUUCGGGGGGCGCCUGGAGGAAGAUCCAUUCGAAGGAAAUUUCCUCAGAACGGGUGACCUGGGCAAGAUCGUGGAAGGCCAAUUGUUCGUGACGGGACGCCUCAAGGACAUGCUCGUGGUGCGAGGACAUAACGUGUACCCACAAGACAUUGAGCGCGCCGUCCAAGACGCCGAAGAAACUUUCCUCCGCCCGGGGGGCAUCGUUGCGGUCCAGGCGCCCAGUGAGCCGGGCCAGCCCGAGGGCGUGCUGCUGAUUGCGGAGGCGCGUGACCCCGCGCGGUGCCCCGCGGAGCUGCCCGGGCGGAUCCGCGCCGCCGUGGCCGGAACGGCCGGAGUGGCCGUGGCCGGGGUAUACAUCCUUCCGCCCAAGACCCUCUCCAAGACCACCAGCGGAAAGGUCCGCCGAAACGACAUGCUGCAGCGAUGGGCGUCGGGCGAGCUAGACACGCUGGCCAAGGCAAAAUGUACGACCGCGCCGGAACCAGUCCAAGGGAACGCUGCAGAAGGUCCGCAAGGCAUUGAGCUCACCACCACCACCCGGGAGGGAUCCUCGGUCAAGACCGCGGCAAGCGCAGUGGGUGCAAAUCUUCCGUCGCCCGGAGCCGCGGAACGCCUCCAGAAUAUCUCCCGCCAGCUGUACCGAAUGACCCCUUUGGAAGAGUCCGGCGUUCCAUUCGACGGGAGCAGCCCGCUGGCGGAAGCCGGAAUGGACUCGCUGGCGGUAGCGGAGCUGGUGGGGAGGAUCGAGACGGAUCUGGGGCCGCGGUUGGACCUUGGAGACCUGGGAUUCGACCAGGGAUUCCUCACGCUGGACGCCCUCGCGGUGGAAGUGCUGAGAGCGACCGCCGGCGACCAGACGCCUGGAUGGACCGGCCUGAAAAGCGCCGGCCAUUUCGAGCCCCAGGAUGCGCUCGUUAACACCGUUGCGGCUGGAACGGAUCCAGCAACCAAAUCCUUUGGAUCACGUGGGCGCCGCGAAGUUCGGGAGGCCAUUGCGGGGCUGGUGGGAAUAGUCGACGGAGACGCCGCCUGGCACAGCCCGCUGGUGGAGCUGGGCUUCGACUCCCUGAAAGCCGCGGAAGCGCUGCAGGCGGUCAACGAACAAUUUGGCAUCGAGCUGGACUUCGAGACGGCGGGCCUGGCGGACGGUGGGGCGACCCCGGAGACGCUGGCCGACGCAGUGAUGGUCGCCCUCACGGGCGCCCCCAAGUCCGCACCACCAAACGCAGCGCAGGAGGAGGGACACGCGGCCGCGAGAGGUGGCCGCGCCUUGGUGCGCUCGGCCGGGCAGAUCGGACCCGCGGAUGCAGCGGACGGAACAGCGGACUCCGUCCCGCCGUCCGUCGACUUCCGGCAGGGCCAGCUGGCGAUGCUCCGGAUGCUGCCGACGGUGGAGAUGCGCCUGGCGGCGGCACGUGCCGCAUCGUUGGAGGCCGCGAAAGCGUACUUCUUCCUGGAAUCGGCGGCGGGUCAGGGAGAGGUGCUGCCCGACGGUCGGCCGCUGGAGGCCAUCCUGCUGGAGCGCAUCGAAGCAGGGAAGCCGCCAUCCGAGAGAAGCAGCAUUAGCCCGGGAAAGACGGACUCCUUUGCGUAUGGUGCACCAAAGGCCAGUGACAAGGCCUCACUGGAAGACCGGGUCGACAGGCCACUUCCGAAGUGGAUCCGACUUCCCGUCAUCCUGUUGCUCGCAAGCAUCGUUCCCGUGCUCGGUCUGGCCGUACCGGGCAUUCCUGCGGGCUUCAUCGUGAAGCAAACCUUCGCGGCCCACCUGCACCGGGCCCCCCGGGGCUUCUCCCCGGUCGCUCUGCGGGACGCCCUGCUGCUGGUUGCCGCGUACCUGGCAUACGUGCUGUGCCUUAGCCUGUGGGCGGUGCUCUUCAAGUGGCUCGUCAUCGGCCGGUACCAACCGGGCCGCUAUAGCCUAUGGGGCUGGUACCAUAUCCGAUGGUGGUGUGUCUACACGACCGUCGCCAUGGCCCGCAUCUUCACGCUCAACAUGACCGGCUGGCAGCAGGUCCUCGUCGGGCUGGGGGGCGCGCGCAUCGGCAAAGGCGUCACGGGGCUCACCCUGGAAACAGUGUCCGAGAUGGACCUCGUUUCGGUGGGCGACGGCUCACGUCUCGACAGCCGGGUCAAGAUCCGGGCCGCUUCCUUCGAGCCGGGCACGCUCAUCCUGCGGGCAGUCACCGUGCGCGCGCGCUGCACGGUUGGGACCAACGCCGUCCUGGGAGGCGGCUGCGAGCUGCGCGAGGGUGUCCACGUGGCACCCUUUACUGCCGUCGAUGCGGGCACCGUUGUUGAUGCCGAGCCAGACAAGGACUGUGCAGAAGAAGUGGGGAUGCGUUUUCAAGAAGUCAGCAAGACGGCUCACGUAUCCAUUCCCGUUGGUGCCGGAUCCGGCUACCACGUCCCCCUCGUCGUCGCGGCAGGCCGCUGGGUGACAUACGUGGCGGUCGUGAUCGCGUCAGCAGUGGUGUGCCUCCAGCCGUGCAUCGAAGUCGUCCACGUUGUGGCAACCUGGCACAGCUUUGCCACGUGGCCCUACUCAGUGCACCCCGUGCUGUGGGGUGUGCUCCUGGUGGGCCUUUACUACGCCUUCGUGACCAUGAUGAUCAGCUCCAGUGUCGUCGUCAAGUGGCUGCUGCUCGGAAAGGUGAGUCGCCCCAGAGAAGACGGUCAGAGCAGCGACAAGCGUCUGAAUGGGAGUCCGGAUCAGGCAAUCAAGCCUUUCGUCGCGUCUCAGAAGCAAGCAUGUGACGCCCCGCGAGUUCACUCGGGCGGCUGGUUCGCCACGCGGCGCUACGUCGUGGACGCGUUCAUCACGUUCGUCACCAGCUCCCUGGUGUACCAGCACCUCACCGUCACGUUCCUCGGGCCCUGGCUGAUGCGCGCGUACGGCGCGCGCCUAAGCCGGAGGGCGACUGUCAGCACCGGCGUCUACCCAUGCGCCGACCUGGACCUGCUCACAGUCGGCGAAGGGAGCGUCUGCGGCGGGGGGUGUGUUCUGGAUUUCCAAGCCUCUCAACAGGCCGGCCCCCUGAAGGAGCUGUGCCGCAUCUCCAUCGGCGCGCGCUGCAUCGUGGGGACCAAGUCGCACGUGGGCGCGGGGACCGUCCUCGAGGACGGGGCGUCCGUGGGGCUCCUCACGUACGUCCGGGACAACACGCACGUGCGCAGUCAGCAGGUCGUCCUUGGCCCCGACGCCAAAACCCUGUCGCGCGCCACGCCAGUUGACUUCAGCCGCGCGAUCGCGGGCGUGCCGCUGUGGCCUGUGGUUCUUCUGGACUCCUCCCUCUGGCUCCUCGUCGUGGCCCUCACCGGAGCCGCCGCCGGCGGCGUCGUCUUGGCCAUUCAUGCUGUGCGCAAACUGGGCGGGCCUCUGGCUGUCCAAGCUGUGCUGUGGGUCGCUUUGGCCAUCGGCAUCCACGCGUGCAUAGUCAUCUCUGUCUGCGGGGUAGCCAUCCUCAUCAAGUGGCUGCUGCUCGGCAACCAGCGCAACUACUCAGUUGUGGCGAGGAGCGAUUUCCGCAACCCGUUGCUGGCGCGGAGCCUGCUCUUCACCAACAUCUUCGUGCCGGUCCUGGCGGGAGGAGCGCUCAAGAGCACCCCCCUUGGCAAUUGGUUCGCCAACUGCCUGGGUGCCCGCAUCAGCACGUGGGCGUUCCUGCACGAGUGCUUCAUCUACGACCACGACUGGGUGACCAUCGGAGACGACUCUGUGGUGGACCGCUGGGCCACCAUCAGCCCGCAUAUCGUUUGGGACCUCGAGCGCAUCCGCUAUGGCCCCAUAACCAUCGGGACCCGCUGCAGCGUGGAGCCCGACUGCGCCAUCUUCCCUUGCACGUUCAAGGAAGGUGUGACGGUCAGGCCCCUGAGCCAUCCCCCGAUCAACGUGGAGAUGCGCAAGGGGACGGCGUGGGCGGGGGUUCCCGCGCGCAUAGUUGAGCAGCUGUGA